UCUCGUUUCUCUUUUCCGUCUUCUUCCUUCUUCUUUUUCGUUCUUUCUUCUUAUAUCUGAAACAGGGAGAGAGAGUCAGAGACGGUGAGAGAGAGAAGUAGAGAGACCGAGAGAGUGAGAUUAGAGAUGAGAGAGAGAGAGCAGACGAGAGGGAGAGAGAGAGAGAUCGAGCGGAAGAGAGACGAAACAGGAGGAGAGGCCGUGACCCGUCGACCCAGGUGGUGCGAUUUCCGGCGAGACAAUGGGGUUUUCUGGCGGGUCAAGACUGGGCUUUUCGGUGGAAUAUUUUUCCGGCGUUUGGAGGCCGCUCUCCAGUGGGUCUUCGGUAAGAGAGGAUCCGGCGAGGCAGGGGGCGAUUUCCGGCAGUUUUUGGGUGAUUUUUUUCCGGUGGAUUUCUGUGGAAAUUCUUUUGGUAAAAGUUGGACCUCGAUGUUAAUGGCCAGAUCAGUACCAUAAUGCUGUGAUCCAGAUCUUAUCAUGCUGAUGAUGGGUAGCGGGGCAACCACACCAGAAGCGUGGUGCUAUUGGCCGGGGGGUCCUCACCUAGGGAGCUUCCUAACCCGGCAGCUCUCCCCUGUGACAACAAGAUAAGCCUAUGGGUCUUUCGGGAUCAGUCCUAUGGACGAGUCCAACGUGCACCGCUUAUAGUAAAAAUGUGGAAGUGGGCUAGUGGUAGACAAAACUUACACAUUAUGAAUGAUGAUUUCAUAUGCAUAUUUCUUAUUGAUGCUGAUAUUUCUAUAUGUGGACUCUGAAAAUUCUAAAAUACCAAACUGUGAUUUUUGUACUCCCAUAUGUUUUGUUGUGUCACUUACUGAGUUGUCAAACUCACCCCUUACCCCUACAACCUUUUCAGGAUACAGUAAGCCGAAGUCACUUUUUGAUAAUGGCAUAAACCUCGCUAAGAGUAAUAGAAUGUUGGAGGACUGAUGUAAUCUUUGUAUUGUAUAGUAUGUUUUCCUUUUGGAAUUUAUAACAUUGUAAAGAGCUACUCUUAUGUACAUAUAAAUAAAAUAGAUGGUUAAGAUCUAUAUCUA